UUCUGUACUGAUAACAAUCUGGUUACUCUGUUGUUACUAGGAAUUUUACUUGAUAUAAAUUAGGAGAAAAGUAAACCGUUAUAAUUGGUUCAUUCUGCAUAUGUUGAUCUUGACUGACUGUUUAGUGAGUGUUAUUAGUCUGAGGUACAUCAAUAUUAUCAGAGCUGCUGAAAUCCUCUUGAUUUCAUGUCAAUAGUUCCUGUUUCCUCUUUCAUUAUACUGUUGUCUUUAGAUCAUUUUAAGUUAAUUUUAAUGGCAUCAGCUGACUUGAGGAACAUAGUUAAUCUCACACUGCAUCACAUACAAGAUAUAACAUCAUAAUAUGAUUUAUUUAAUCAAUCAGUAUACAGUUUUUCAGAUUUCUCUGUUUGUUCUCCUGAAGCUCUGCCGCCAUCAGUGAAAGACAAAGACAGAGUUUAUUGAAGGACAGUGAGAAGAUGAGUGAUCCAGAACCCUGCAGAAUUAAACAGGAGGAGACUGAAGAACUAAUAGACGUGAUUGUGAAGAAGGAGAGUGAAGAACUGAGUGAAGAUGAGGAGAAACAUGUCAAAAGUGAAGAAAACACUCACUCAAAGACCGAACAUAGUUCUACAGCUGUAAAUGGUUUCACCUGCACUCAGUGUGGAAAGAGUUACAGGCACAAAAAUAGACUGAAGCUUCAUAUGAUGCUUCACACUGGUGAGAAACCCUACAAGUGUUCACACUGCGGCAAAGCGUUCAGAUAUUCGGUAAAUCUGAAUACACAUGCAAGGAUUCACACUGGAGAGAAUCCAUUCACGUGUACUCAGUGUGGGAAGAGCUUCAGAAGUUCAUCAUCCCUUUAUCAACACGUGCUGAUCCACACUGGAGAGAAAUCACACAGGUGUGAUCAGUGCGGCAAAACAUUUUUGAGGCCUGCAGAGCUGAAGAGCCAUCUCAGAGUUCAUAUAAUGGAGAAGCCUUAUUCGUGUUCUGAGUGUGGGAGGAGUUUUGCAUGGCUGUCAUGUUUAAAAUCGCAUCAAAAGCUCCACACCGGUGUGAGAGAGUUUGUGUGCUUUGAGUGUGGGAAGAGUUUCAUUAUAGCUAGAGAAUUGAAAAUACACCAGAGGAUCCACACAGGAGAGAAACCGUACAAGUGUUCACACUGCGACAAGACAUUCAUACGUAUUGGACAUCUGAAAUCACAUGAGAGGAUUCACACUGGAGAGAGACCGUACACGUGUACUCAGUGUGGGAAGAGUUUUAGUGUUUCAUCAUCCCUUAAUUCACACAUGCUGAUCCACACUGGAGAGAAGCCGUUCACAUGUACUCAGUGUGGGAGGAGUUUCAGACACUCAACAACCCUUAAUUCACACAUGCUGAUCCACUCUGGAGAGAAAACACACAAAUGCGAUCAAUGCAGUAAGACUUAUUUAAGGCCUUAUGAACUGAAGGCUCAUCUCAGAGUUCAUGCAAAGGAGAAGCCUUAGGGCCUACUCACACUAUGCUAUCCAAACCGUGCCCAGGCCUGUUUCCCGGAUCGUUUGAGAAAUGUGAGUGCGCUGAAUCGGGCUCAAGCACGGUUCACUUGGCCGG